AUACUACUAUUGUUUUGUUGCAUCGAAAACGGCGUCGUAUCUAUUGUCCGUAGACCGUACUGAAUUGAGACUGUCUCCGUACCAGAUAAAGCUUUGGGUCCAUCUCUAACCGUAGGAUUAGACAUCUGUGUUAAAAACGACGGCAUAUAAGAAACUGAGAUUUUCUCUUGAAAAUCGUGUUUUUUUUGUCGGAAAAAAAAAAAAAAAAAAAACGAGUUUACAAAUGAAAAUUGUAUCAUCUGUAUCCACGUGUAGGGUGAGAGAUUAGGUUUAGGCGGUAAGUUUAAAAAAGUCUUUGGUUUUAGGUGUACUUGCCACUCUCACCAUUCACCAGUUUUUGUUUUAUCCACAUAAUAUCUCUGUCUGAUUAUAAUAGUCUAAAUACUAAUUAAGUGAAGUAUAUAACUAAUUGGUUUUGUUUAUGUUUUGUGGUUGAAAUAGGUUGGUUGGGCCAAGGAAAUGGGGAUUUAAAACAUUCAACCGGUGAACAACAUGUGACACGCGUUGAUGACAAACUUGAUCUUAAAAUGUUUGUGGGGACAUGGAACGUGGGAGGGAAGUCGCCACAUGAAGGAUUAGACUUAAAAGAUUGGCUUAAAUCUCCGGCUGAUGCAGACAUUUACGUGCUAGGGUAUGCAUAUAAUCAUAUUAAUUGGUUUUAUCGUACUUUUAAUAUACUUUUUCUGGAGUUUCAAGAAAUCGUGCCGUUAAAUGCCGGUAACGUACUUGGAGCCGAGGAUAAUGGCCCUGCGGCUAAGUGGUUGUCUCUUAUCCGAGAAGCCUUGAACAACACCAACAAUUUAUCCUUCUCAGGCCUCUCAGAUGAUACCCCAAUCCCAUGCAAUUCAACUCCUCCUCGCGGCUAUAGCCUUGCGGCGAGUAAACAGAUGGUGGGGAUAUUUUUGUGUGUGUGGGUUAGAGAUGAUCUCCGGAAACGUAUAACCAACCUCAAGGUUUCAUGUGUUGGCCGUGGUAUCAUGGGAUAUCUUGGAAACAAGGGCUCGGUUUCGAUCAGCAUGUCGUUGCAUGAGACAAGUCUAUGUUUCGUUUGUACGCAUCUUACGUCUGGAGAAAAAGAAGGCGACGAGCUUAGAAGAAACUUAGAUGUGACCGAAAUAUUUAAGAGGACAAGAUUUUCACGUUCUUCUAAAGAUUCUCGACCGGAGACAAUAAUGGACCAUGAUAAAGUAAUAUGGCUCGGAGAUUUGAAUUAUCGGCUAAGGGCGAGCAGUGACUUGCAUGAACAGCUUAGAAACCAUGAUUGGGAAUCACUUCUAGAGAAAGAUCAGCUUAAGAUAGAACAAAGAGCUGGUAGAAUUUUUAAGGGAUGGGAAGAAGGGAAGAUUUAUUUCGCACCAACAUAUAAAUAUCGAAUAAACUCUGAUAAUUACGUUGUCCAAACCGAAAAAUCAAAGGAAAAACGAAGAACUCCGGCUUGGUGUGAUCGGAUAUUGUGGAAAGGUGACGGAAUGAAACAACUUUGGUACGUGAGGGGAGAGUCGAAAUUCUCGGACCACAGACCGGUUCAAUCUCUAUUUUCGGUACAUAUUGACUUGAAGAAUCAAUCGAACCGGAAAACUAAACCGGUUAACCAAAAUCAUCGUCCAAACCCGGUAUUGACUUAUACGUGCCACGGGAAAGUUCAAGCUGAAGAGAUCUUGUUGCUCACACGUGCACAGAGUUGUAUAGAUACACUACCUAGACUUAUUUCGUCCGCUUCCUAAUUUUCUUUUGUUUUUUGUUUCGAUUUCUUUUUGGAUGUUUUCAUGUUGACAAAGAAGAGAUGACACAUGGAUUCCUAGGAUUGGACAAUGGAGCUUUCAAAUUUGGCAAAAGCAGGAUUGUUUUAAAUUAUUUUAAUAUUGGGUUAACGUCUUUUUUUGUUUGUUUCCCUCUAUUAGCUAAGUUUUGGUUUAGACUUUAGAUCGAAUUGUGGAGUUUUUAGUU